GUGCUGUCGACUGAGUUGGCUUGGGUUGUGACAAUAAAAUAAUGGAUAGAUUUUAGUUAGUUUUUCUUUGUGUCGGGGCUCCACAAUCACAAUGGAGAUGGAAAAUAUUAACGUGAACGCGAUCUGCCGGACGUGCAAGUGCGUAACGCCGCACAUGCGAUCCAUUUUCGAAGAAUUCGAGAACACACACCAAAGUCCCCGUAUUGACGAGAUGCUAAUGGCCUGUGCUUCUGUCCAGGUGAUGUGCGGAGACGGAUUGCCCAGCUUGAUGUGCCAAGUAUGCUUGGAGCACCUGAAAAAUGCCUUUGUGUUCAAGAGGCAAGCCGAAAAGGUGGAUACGAGCCUCCGAGAAUACGCCAAAAACCUCAAAGUCAACGAGAUCAAACAGGAGCUGCAAAAUUCAGAAUUUAUGGAAUCUUUGAACACCCUGAACAGCAUCCUGAAUGUGGACCCCACUCCGAAAACGACACUACCCACUACAUCAGCACCACAGGAAGAGAGCAAGCCUUCGCAGCCGAAACUGGAAAUGGACUACAUCCAAUUUUUGGAGAACAAUCAAAUGCUUCUUACUUGCAGAGAAUGCGCGAAAAUAUUCACUACUUUGGAAGGACUACGCUGUCACAAGCGUAUUCACUCAGGUGGUAUGUACAAAUGCAAGCAAUGCGACAAGGAGUACACUCGUCUCAACCAUCUGCAACGUCACGAAGCGUCCCACUCUAGACGCAAGGUUCACGUCUGCCGCAUUUGUAGCAAGACGCUGACUCGCAUGGAGCACUUGAAGCGCCAUCUGGUGACGCAUCUCCGCGAGAAACCGUUCUCGUGCAAGACGUGCAACAGAGGCUUCAAUCGGAUCGAGCAUCUGCAUCAUCAUGCUCCCAGGUGCAAAGGCGACACUGUGUUCCCAUGCGACGUGUGCAACAAAGCUUUCAACCGCGAGGACAGCCUCGAAGUCCACAAGAAAAUGCACGACAACCAACAACCCAAAUUGCCGACCAUCGAGAAUUUGGACAAUAUCAAGGAGUACUACUAUCAAAUUGACCAAGAUAUCAACACUACGUUUUCGGACAACGAAGAUGAACCUUCAGAUACGGACGAUUACUUUGAACCCCACGUCGAGGUCACUGAAGGGUUAGAUGAGGAUAAUAAGCAGCAUGUCGCUGACGAGAUUAGCGCAUCCAGGGCCGAACAUCGUGACGACCUUCCGGUGGAAGGCGCUUCCGGCGAAACCAGUGGCGUACCGGCGGCCGGUGGUUCGAUCAAUGACGACAGCAUGAGCGAUGACGGUUCUCAAGGGGGAGACGAUAUGGGCGCCGGUUGCGACAUGGGCGUCGAUGAUAGCGAACCGGAAGAGGGCGGCGACCAAGACGAAGGCGGUGAACAACACGAGGCGGAACAGCAGGACGACGAGGAAGAUGAAAAGAAAGAGGACGUCAAGCUGGAGGAUGCCAAAUUGAUACAGGCGUUGUUGGAGGAUGAUCAGUUCAACGCCAAGGAAGAUGACGAGGAGGAGAAUGAGAAUUCGGAUGCGAAUAGCGAAGACAGCGAUUAUGUGCCCAAGAAAGUCCAAAAACCAAAAAGAGGACGCGGGCGUCCACGGAGAAACCCCGAUGCACCACCCAAAGUUAAAAAGCCGAGAGGUCCAGGUAGAGGCAGAGGUCGUGGACGUCAGCCAGCUGUCAAAAAGGAGAAAGAUGAAGAAUAUGGCGAGUUUCCAUGUCCAGCUUGCGGAGAAAUGUUCAACACGAUCACUGGAUUGGACAAACACGCUAGAAUUGCCCACGAAGGCCUAAAGGUACACAAAUGCGGCGUAUGCCAAAAAGAGUUCGCCCGGGCCAAUCAUCUGAAACGUCACGUGACCACCCAUUCGACGUUGAAACCGUUCCGUUGUCAAUCGUGCCCGAAGAGUUUCAACAGGCGCGACCAUCUGAACCAGCACGAAAAGUUGCAUAAUCGGCCGCAAGAGUACGAAUGCGAGGUGUGCCAGAAACCGUUCAACCGGGCCGAUCAUUUGGCUAAACAUCGCGCAUCUAAGCAUGGCAUUGGAGAUCGGAUCAGCGUGAUAGGCGAGAAGAAGUACGAGUGCCCGAUCUGUCACAAGGCAUUCACAACCGAAAAAUACCGAGACGUCCACGUGUCCGCCCACAACGGCACCAAGGAGUACAGCUGCAAGAUAUGCGAAAAGACGUUCUUGUCCAAAUCGCAUCUGACGGAACACAUGAAGUUCCACAACGACCAUUCCAAAAAGUUCCUCUGCUCCGAAUGCGGACAAAGGUUCAUACGUAACGAUUACCUGGUCAUCCAUAUGAGGAGGCAUCGGGGCGAGAAACCUUUCAAAUGCAAGUUCUGCGGAAAAGGUUUUCCAAGAACAACAGAUCUCACCGUUCACGAACGGUACCAUACUGGAGAGAAGACUCAUUUGUGUACGAUUUGUGGUAGAGGAUUCGGAAGGGCUUACAAUUUGACUGUCCACAUGCGUACUCACACCGGCGAGAAGCCGUACCAAUGCACGUACUGCGAUGCUGCCUUCGCACAAGGCAACGACUUGAAGGCACACAUCAGGAGACACACUGGCGAAAGGUUCCAGUGCGAACUGUGCUCAGAAAGCUUCCUCAUGGGAUACCUGCUCACGCAACACAAGAGGACGGUUCACGGGCUAAACAUAGAGCGAAAACGGGGUUGUUCCGAACCCCUGCGGACCGUGUGCACCGCCGAAGGUCUGAACGUGGUCAGCAACAUCCGACGCCUGCAGCCCGUGCACAAGCAGGAGAAUCCCGACGAACCGCCGCCGAUCACGAUCCCGCUGCCGAAGCCGGUCAUUCCGGAGAACGUGAUGUUCAACGCGCUGCACGCGAAUGCGCUGCACGCGAACGCGUUGCAUGCGCAGCUGGCCGUCGCGCAGCUGCAUCUGGCGAGGGAGUGAGACGAGGCGCAGCCGCAGCUGAUGUUCGCGCAUGCGCAGCAUCAGCAGCAGCAAACGGUGAUGCAGCAUACGCAAGGCGGUACGACCAAGGAAAAGAUCUACUUGCCUUUGUAAAUAGUACCCAGCAGUUACUAUGUAUAAGGUUUGGUAUGUGUUUCCAUAGAUCUUAGGUUAAUGCAUGUUACUUAAGCUACGUGUAUACGUAUGUAUCUAUACUGUGUACUAUUCUCUUUAUAUACGAAAACGGUCGAAGGCAGGAGGUUAAACAAGAAGAAAAUCUCACUUUGGUCUUUCAUGAAAUUUUUAUUUUCAUUUUUAUAUUAAAUAGCUGCGCGUAUAUUUUCCAGACAUAGAAAACUUUUUUUAAUACACAUUCGCGGUAAUAACUUGCGUUUUGAGCUCUAUCGUGAAGGUGUAAAUAUUAACAUUAACUCACUUGUAGGUCGACAGUUUCAAAACGCGAGCCAUCAUGAAAUUUCGUUUAUUUAGUUGUACAUUUACAUCAAACAGUUCGUCACUAAAAUCUUCCAGAAGAAUUUUUUGAGAAGAAAUUUCUUAAACUGUACACAUUUAAUGUUGAUCCAAAUUCAAGAAACUAAUGAUAAACGUCUAUUUUCUUGUUGGCUUUCUCGAAAGUGCGUAAUUUACUAGUUUUGCAUUUUUCAGAAAUUAUCAACAAACUAGGAUUGAAAUUCCACAGUCGCUAACAAGAUAAAUCACUAAAUCACUCCUAUGAGGGAACUUUAAUUUAUUCUAAAUUUCUUUUUGGUCUGUUGCAACUUAGGUUCUUGAAUUUGGACUAGUUAACUAUAAUAUAAACUUAGUCAUUCAGGACCAUAGAUUAUUUUCAAAAUCCGAAACGUUUUCGGAUGUCCUGAAUGUUUAAUUUUCCAAAUUCGUUUUUUACAUGUUCCUGUGAAAGCCUUUUGGAAUAUCCUAUCCAUAUUUAAGUAUCUGUAUGUUUGGAAAUCUGAUCAAAAAAGAGCAUUGAAAGGUUUUGUUAGCUUUCACCGACAACGAAAAGAAAAUAUUUUGAAAAAAUUGGUGGAAAUGUCUAUAAACAAAGAGACUGACUGUGAUCGCGCCAAACGUUACAUGUACUUAACUAUGUCUUCUUCUAUAUCUGAAGUAAUAUCCAAAGUGCUUACAUAUACCAUUCGCAGGUCUGAAUCUAUGUGCGCAUUUGAAUAAUCUCGGUAACCACUUUUUGCCACAAUAAUUCGUUUUUAUGUUUUUCUCACACAAAUCCAACAGCGAUUUGAAUAUUUUUAGGUGACUUCAAUUUUGAGAAAUCUCAGCUUUUUUUUGUAGAGGAUUCAUGUUUUAUUUUUGAGCAAUGGAAGUCAAGAUAUUUCGUAUAUUUUCCGUAAUUUAUUUAUAUUAAUGCGUGGUGAUUUUUUGCAGACGCACUUUAUGUUAAGACCUGUGAACACGUUACUUUUGUGACGAACCGUGAGAUCGCUAAUGUAUCUGUACCUUUAGUUCAGGAUGUUAUUUUUUCGCGAUUUUCCUUAUCAGAAGCGCAUUUACUGCAGAUUGUACGUUUGUAUUAAAACACAUCCCAUAUUUGCACUAGACUUUAUUAUCGUAGAGAAUAAGAUGUAGGAAAGUAAGGCUAUACGUUUCUAAGUUUUAUAUAGUAACAAAUAUAUAAGUGAUUUGCGAAAUUGUGCGUGGUACUUCUUUUUAUAUAGACACACAGAAAAUUCUUUAAUUUUUGGAGAAUUUUGUUCUUGGCAAAGCCUAUACAUAUAUUGAUGGAAAUGGAUGUAAGUAUCAUAUAAACGCCUAAAUACGAUGAAUAGGAAUACAGUGUACUAUCCAAACCAUAGUUACUUAGAGUAAAGCAUGUGAGGUUUCAUUUGUCAUAAUCGAUUUUUUGAUAGCUAACUUUUAGUUUCUAGCAUAAUCAUCAAGUGUACAUAAGAUAUUUUGUUAGAUGGUUAUCAGGUUACUAAUAAACAUUAUGUUAUGAUAAGAAA